CCUUAGCGGGGCCCCACGCGCCGGCGCUUUGGAGAAACGACAUGCAGGGGCAGCUUCGUCCAGGAGGUGUGGUUGGGACGGCAUCUUGCCCUCCACCUGUAGGGAUACUGGCAACGGGGAUCUUCCCUUUUGACUCACCUGAACUUAGCAAUGGGAACAUCUCAACAGAGGGGGGAAAAUGGAGAUCUGGAGAGAGAGUGGGGCCAAAUAACACAUAGGCUUAAAAAAAAAAAAAUCCAAGUAUGUUGCCAUGGGUACUGUACGCCUCUCCUGUGCCAAGUCCAUGCACCUUUAUCCCACAAGCUCCAGAGAGACGGCUACAGGCUGGGGUGCACCCGUAGAAAUUAUUCUGUCCAGUCCUCGCACUUGGCAAAUAAGAAAACAGCCUGCCACUUUAGGCAGCUUAAUGAUGUUUUUGCUUUUCUGUAAACGGUUUUCAGGACUCUGGUUCUGCCACACUCAAGUUUGUGUGAUCACGGUUCGGUAGAGAAGGCUUGAUGUUUUUCAGGAUGUUGGUCUGCAAAAUGGAGUUUAAACUGGAAAUAAUCUAGAAUCCUUUGAGCUUCCCUGUAGGGAUAGAGGCAGACACACCUGGAGUUCUCUAAUGCAAGCUCAAGACCAGUGAUUUAAGUAACUGUACUACAUCAUACAGAAGAGUGGAUAGAAGUAAACAGCUACUGUUCUCUCUCCCCCACUGUUAACUGUUGAGUAUAUGUACUUUUCUUAACUUUGUCUAUAUAUGUCGAUGUAAAAAAUAUAUAGUCUAUGUUUAUAUAAGCCAAGCAGAAAAAAAUGUGGAAGGCUGUGAAUCCAGCAGGAAAUGGUAGGGGCAACGAGGUACUUACCAGCUUUUACUCUAUCUGUGCAGCAAUCAAAAUCCUUGCAAAUACAGACGGAGGCUUUGUUGGGGGAAUCCCUUAGUGGUUCCCCAGCCCCUCCUUCCCAUUCCCGUCUCACACCCCCUCCAGGCUGCUAGUGCUCCAGCCCUUACCUUUUCUCCUUCAUAUCUGUUCAGAGCUGAACCCGACGCUGCCAGCCACCCUCCUCUUUGUUCCCAACCUGAAAAUGGGUACAGGUGCCAGUGACAGGACAAAAAAGGACUGGUGUGCCCCUGAUCAGAGUUAUUCUGAUCCGAAGAUUUUGGUGUUUAAAGCAUUAAGAUAAUAGCCUGAGUUGUUCAUGGAGUUUUUCAUCAGUAUGUCUGAAACCAUUAAAUAUAAUGACGAUGAUCAUAAAACUCUGUUUCUGAAAACACUCAACGAGCAACGCUUGGAAGGAGAAUUUUGCGACAUCGCGAUUGUGGUUGAGGAUGUGAAGUUCAGAGCGCACAGGUGUGUCCUCGCUGCCUGCAGCACCUACUUUAAAAAGCUUUUCAAGAAACUUGAGGUAGAUAGUUCCUCAGUAAUAGAAAUAGAUUUCCUCCGUUCUGAUAUAUUUGAAGAGGUCCUGAAUUACAUGUACACGGCAAAGAUCUCCGUGAAAAAAGAAGAUGUUAACUUAAUGAUGUCAUCCGGUCAGAUUCUCGGCAUCCGAUUCCUGGAUAAACUCUGCUCUCAGAAGCGGGACGUGUCCAGCCCGGACGAAAACAACGGUCAGUCGAAAAGCAAGUACUGCCUGAAGAUCAACCGCCCCAUUGGGGAUGCUGCCGACCCCCAGGAUGACGACGUGGAGGAAAUCGGAGACCAGGACGACAGCCCCUCGGAUGACACGGUAGAAGGCACCCCCCCGAGUCAGGAGGACGGCAAAUCGCCCACCACGACGCUCAGGGUGCAGGAGGCCAUCCUGAAAGAGCUGGGCAGCGAGGAGGUGCGGAAGGUCAAUUGCUACGGCCAGGAGGUGGAGUCCAUGGAGACCCCCGAGUCCAAGGACCUGGGGUCCCAGACCCCUCAGGCCUUAACCUUUAACGACGGGAUGAGCGAAGUGAAGGAUGAGCAGACCCCGGGCUGGACCACGGCGGCCAGCGACAUGAAGUUCGAGUACCUGUUGUACGGGCACCAUCGGGAGCAGAUCGCCUGCCAGGCGUGCGGGAAGACGUUUUCGGACGAGGGUCGGCUGAGGAAGCACGAGAAGCUGCACACGGCCGACCGGCCCUUCGUGUGCGAGAUGUGCACCAAGGGCUUCACCACGCAGGCGCAUCUGAAGGAGCACCUGAAGAUCCACACGGGCUACAAGCCCUACAGCUGCGAGGUGUGCGGCAAGUCGUUCAUCCGCGCCCCGGACUUGAAGAAGCAUGAGCGGGUGCACAGCAACGAGCGGCCCUUCGCCUGCCACAUGUGCGACAAGGCCUUCAAGCACAAGUCCCACCUCAAGGACCACGAGCGCCGUCACCGCGGCGAGAAGCCCUUCGUGUGCGGCUCCUGCACCAAGGCCUUCGCCAAGGCGUCCGACCUGAAGCGGCACGAGAACAACAUGCACAGCGAACGCAAGCAGGUCACCCCCAGCGCCAUGCAGAGCGAGACGGAGCAGCUGCAGGCGGCGGCCAUGGCCGCGGAGGCCGAGCAGCAGCUGGAGACCAUCGCCUGCAGCUAGAGGCGGGGGGCCGGGAUGCUCAGCACCCUUUAUCCGCAUCCCGCAUCCCGACCCAUGAACGCCAGCCUCCCCGUUUCGGUGAAAACUUACCGAGAACUUGUACUCGCUGGACAUAAGGCAGUGCUUGGUUGGGUGUUCUGAAAACUUUGCAAGGAAAUAACCGUUCCUUGGUUCUGACCAAACUGUUUCACUGUCCCGUCUGGUGUCUUGUAUUAAUGUUGCCAGUGAGCACCCGGCCCCCGCCGCGCCCCCCCUCCCCUUUUUUUUUAUGAUUUCUGAUUUUAAUUUGAGAACUCCUGGGCCCAGUUCAGAAGUGAGAGACUUUGUCCCUUUUUAAAAGUCCCCCUCUCCGCCUGCUGCGCCAGGGAGUGCACCGCACAGAGUGAUAAUUGAGUGGAUUGAUUUCCUGACCAUCACCAUUCUGUGUGACUUACGGGUCACGGCGACAUUUUUAAGAACUUUAGUAAAAGUACUUCGUGUAGACGCAGGAAAUACGGGUGGGUGGUUGACCAAGAACCCUGCGUGCACAGAUAGGAAAACAAGUUCUGGAAAUGCAAAAUGGUGUCAGAUUUAUAUAUUUGGUUUGUUAAUUUUCUAUCACUGUUUUUCAUGGUUUUUGUGGACAAAUAAUGGUUGCUUUGCUGAAGUGUUUCUUCAUCCUUUUUGAUUGCCUGUACCCGCCCCUGAAGAUGUCACAUGACCAGAAGGCAUGUGGGUGGUUUGAGGGCUGAGUUUUUUUUACUCUCAUUUGGGGUAUUGCUACUCUGCAGCUGAUGGGGUUUGUGGGCUGGAUGAGUGGUGACGGGAUUAGAAAAGGGAGUGUAGGAAACUGGCUCUCAGAGACAAGGUUUGUACAUUUGCAACAAGUCCAAGAUUUCCUAGAUCAAAAUAAUUCCUGAUUUUGAAAUUGGGUUUUUGUUUAGGAUCAAAAUUAGGGCAAGAACAGGUAUACUUCUUUGGAUACGUUUGUGUAACUUACAGAGUGUCAUCAAGCUUUUGGGCUCUCGGUAGCACGUGAUUAUCCAUAAAGAAGAUGCAGUGUCCUUCCUGAAAUCAUUAUGUUUAAAAUCUUUUACAUAUGUAAAUAGUACAGAAGCAUUGGUCUUACAUAUCUCAAGUACAAAUAGACAGCUGCACUUUUUUUGCACAUUGGGUUAACGAUAUCUCCCAUCAGCAACAAACAUCAGUCUGUUUUCAACCAGUAUUAAAGAUUGUCAGACCAAAUGUUUAUGUUCUUGAAGUAUAUUUCAUCACGGGUUACAGUUUUAAGUGGAAGAUGAUUGCCUUCUCAUAGCCGUAAACUGAAUUAUGAGUGCUGUUCCAAUUCUGGUGUACGAAAUUUCUUUUUAAACAUUUCUUUAGGAAUACAUUGAAAUACCAACAAUAGUUUGAAUUAUGUUCUGUAAUAAUUAGUUCUUUUAGAAUGUACCAUUUUCAAAAGUCGAUUUUUAAAAUUUAUUUUUGGUUGCUAGGAUUUUUUUUUUCUUAAGAUACAUUAAAGUAAUUUCAUUUUCUAGCUCGUUGCAUUAACACCUGUAAUUAUUAUUAUUGUGAGAGAAAGUUUAUUUUUUGUAUAUGUUAUGCCCAUAAUUGUAGGAUGAAGAUGUUACCUUUUUAAGAAUCUUAUUUAUUGGUAAAUGUUUUAGUUUAAAACUAAUUUAAUUUCUUUUCUUAAAUGUUGUUUAUUUUCUCCUGAAAGCAGUCCUGUCGCUGUGUUUAUAUGCUCUUCAUAGAAGGGGAACUGAUUGCCGUUCGUAGACUGUUUUAACCAAAGCAAAGGAAAAGUAAUUUAACAUCUUGUGGAUGGCUACUUCAGCAAAUCAUACCUGGGGCCUUCGUUUUUGUAUAUAAAAGAAAAUAUACUUCUGUCAUUCCUGUUUUCGUUUUUUCCUAGCAGCCUGUCACACACCCAGGUUUCUACCCAAGUGCAUUUUCUAUACUAUCUUCAUCUUGGUUAUACAGAGUUGCAAGUUCCCCAUGUGGCAUUAACCUUCACUGAAACCACAUAAUCACAAUGGUAUCCCCAAGAGAAAGGUUUUUCAGCACUUUAUUUGCAUCGUGUAAAUAUGUGUCAUUGGUCCUAUUUUGCAUGAGAAAUAUAAUUGUGUUGUAAUUUC